AAAAACCCUCUUCGAGAGUCUUCUCUUUCUUCCCCGUUUGGACUCUAAACCCAAACCCUCGAUCCUGGUGGCGGCUGAUACUCUUUAACACCUUCUUUCUCCCUCUAAAAACCCCAUCCCUCUCUCAAAGAAGCGAGAUCUGUCAGUUCAGAGUCUAUGGCGGCCUUUGCUCCUCCAGAUCAGGCUGCUGGCCUGCUACAGAAAUUGUCUUUGGAGACACAGGCGAAAACUCUGGAAAUUCCAGAGCCAACCAAAAAGCCUUCUUUUGAUUCUGGUAACGUGACUGCUGGACACAUUCAAUCUAGGGAUGGGUCUUUGACUCCCAUGCUGCCGGAUCUUGUUGAUCAGUCUAUGUGCUAUCUUCCUAAUGGCUACCCUUCUGCUGCAUACUAUUAUGGCGGCUAUGAUGGGACUGGUAGUGAGUGGAAGGACUACGCACCAUAUGUGAAUUCAGAGGGAGUAGAAGUCACACCUGGAGUUUAUGGGGAUAAUGGGUCUUUAAUGUAUCACCAUGGCUAUGGCUAUGCUCCUUAUGGGCCAUAUUCUCCUGCUACUACACCUGUUCCAACUGUCGGACAUGAUGGUCAACUCUAUGGAGCUCAACAUUACCAGUACCCUACUCCCUAUUUCCAGUCAGCAACAAGUGGUUCGUAUCCUACUCCUGCUGCCUCUACCAAGGGUGACAUAUCGGCCUCUGCAGCUGCUGACCAAGCAUCUUUAUCAGUGGCUACUGUAGAUGCAAAAUCUAAUGGCGUUGCUAAUAGUGGGAGCAUAAAGAAAAAUAAUGCCUUGAAUGCUGCCAAACCUACAUAUCCAAAUUCGUCUUAUGGUUUUAAUGGAAUGUAUGGACGGGGUGGCUUUCCUGGAGGAAUUCCUGCUUCUGGUUAUCAGGACCCAAUAUUUUUAUUCGAUGGUUCACGGUCACCAAUUCCAUGGUUGGAUGGGCCUGUAACUGGCUCUUCUCUGACUUCCUCCAUAUCAAAUGGAAAUGGCCUUCCCUCAUCAAGGAAUCAGAAUUUCCGCCCUCAUCUUAUGGGUUUGCACCACCCAAGGCCAAUGUCUGGUAUGAAUACAGCUAACGGAUACAUAAAUAGAAUGUAUCCCAACAAAUUAUAUGGCCAGUAUGGAAACACAUACAGAUCUGGGUUCGGCUAUGGAUCUAAUGUUUAUGAUUCACGAACAAAUGGUCGUGGUUAUAUUGCUGUUGACAGCAAGUAUAAACCCAGGGGAAGAGGAAAUGGCUUCUAUGGAUAUGGCAGUGAGAGCGUGGAUGGUUUGAAUGAAUUAAACAGGGGGCCAAGAACAAAAAGCUCCAAGAAUCAGAAGGGUGUUAUGGAAGUGGCUCCGGCUGGCAAAGUGCAGAACACCCUUUUGAAUGGAACAGCUGAUAUCGAGGAGGAGAAGUCAAGUGUGGCCCCUGACCGAGAACAAUAUAACCAACCGGAUUUCCCUGUGACUUAUACUGAGGCAAAGUUCUUUGUUAUUAAGUCGUACAGCGAGGAUGAUGUGCACAAGAGCAUCAAAUACAAUGUCUGGGCUAGUACACCAAACGGUAAUAAGAAGCUGGAUGCAGCUUACCAGGAUGCUCAGCAGAAGUCUGGAGGCUGCCCUGUUUUCCUUUUCUUCUCAGUAAAUACCAGUGGGCAAUUUGUCGGUGUCGCCGAGAUGAUUGAGCAUGUCGAUUUCAACAAGAAUGUCGAGUACUGGCAGCAGGAUAAGUGGGUUGGUUGUUUUCCUGUUAAAUGGCACAUUGUGAAGGAUGUACCCAACAGCUUGCUGAAGCACAUCAUCCUAGAAAACAAUGAGAACAAACCUGUUACUAAUAGCAGGGAUACCCAAGAGGUUAAAUUGGAGCAGGGGCUUCAAAUGCUCAAAAUAUUCAAGGAUCAUCCAAGCAAACAAUGUGUGUUAGAUGAUUUUGAGUUCUAUGAGGAUCGCCAGAAGAGAAUUCAGGAGAAGAAAGCCAAGCAACAGCACUUUCAGAAGCAGACGCUGGUGUGGGAAGGUAAAACUGCUGAAGUGAAAAAGGAAGACACAAAUGGAGAUAUCAAAUCCAACUCUGCAGAAGUUAUUUCUGAUGUGGUCAAGGAGACUACACCUGAUGAAGCUUCCGGUGAUGACAACCUUUCCGAGAAUAAUUCUCUUGCAAAUUCUGAUGUCCCGAAAACUUUACAUCCUGAUGUGGUUCAUGAGAAGAGCCUAGCUAAUGGGGUUGCAAAUUCUUGCUAGAUUCAGCUAUGCAUAAAGGCGGUCGAUGAUCUAAUAGGGUGUGCUUUUACGGGGAUUGCUCUGAUCAGAAUAUGCAUGUUAAGAUUUGAUAGUGUCCUCGCGGGGGAUUGGACCGCCUUGUUCAGUGUCUUACUGCAUAAGAAAUUAUAACUCGAUAUGAUAAGCCUGUGAUAAGAGCCUGAGAAGAUGUUCUCGUAGUUUAGCAAAUACAGAGAUCAACUUCUAGGAUUUUAGGGAGUAUGAUGUCCCAUUCUUCUUUUGUUAUCGUCUCAUUUCCAUUCCUUUUAGCUUCUAACAAGUUUUCUUGUCUCUA